AUGAUGUUAGCUAUCCUGCUCGUAGGCAUCUGUGGCAUCUCUGCUCUUCCUCAAAAUAUUUGGUACACUGAAACCUUCGGCCAGGCUGAGUGUGAGAUUUGUGAUGAAAGGUGUUUUAUGACGGACGAAGCCAGGUGUGGUUACUACAACCUAGUCAAGGAGAUACUUGAGAACAACACAGACAGAGAGACUCACGAUGACAUAAAUAACGGAAUUGAUGACAUGAUCUUUGACUAUAUGGAGAAGGAUAAUAUAUGCCUUGGUUGUGAAACCUGUAAAUGUGGUGUUGAUGGUCUUUGGAACUGCACAUUCAUACAACGCUGUGACCCUGAUGAUGAACUGCCCCUGGAUCAUCACACACUGGUAGUAACGAUGGAGAAUCUUAAGGAAUAUAAAAAAACAAUUUUAAACAAAAGGAUCAAGAGAUCGAUACAAGGUAAGAAGAAAGAAGUUAUGAGCGACGAAGAAGUAUUGAAAUGGAUGUACGAUACUAAAGAAUAUAAUAUAAAUAAAGAUUCUUUAAACGAUACAACUGAUAAAAUAAACAGUAAAGAAAUCUCAGUAAAUAAAACAGAUGCCAGUAUUAAGAAAGAUGAAGCGAAUAUCUCAAAUCUUAACUCCGAGCCUUUAGUCUUCCAAGAUUUAUUAAAUAAUAUUAAUUUAGACAACGAUGAAAAACACAUUUCAUUGGAAGACAGCCGACAUUCAGGUCACACAAUGUUUCAUAAACUUGCCUCGCCGAAUGUGUUCAAUGAUAUAAAAAAAUCAAUUCUAGCUGACACUAUAAUACUGAACUAUGAAGAAGAAAAUAACACUCAGACAGACCGAAUAGUUAACGAUGUUUUUUCAUACAUUGAUUCAGAUGUUAAUGAAAAUUUCAACUACAAAAGAGAUAUACAUAAACCUCGUCGUAUACAAAAAAGAGAAGAUAAGGAAUCAAUAUAUGACAACUCUACUACAAGUGCAAACGAAACUGAAAAAUCUGUCAUGGAAAUACACGAUGUAUUAUAUCCUUUGGAUAGAUUUGUGGAGCAAAAACAGUACGAGCUCGACAAAUUACUUGAUAUAAAAAAGAAAUUUAUUGCAUACAUAAAAACAAUAACUGGCAUUAAUUUUACUGAUCAUUAUACAAAUUUUACAAAAGAUAAUUCACAUUUAUAUUUUAUUGAUAUGGAUUUGAUAUCAAAUUAUUCGGAGGAUUUGAGAAGGCGAGAUCCAAAUAUGCUCAGUAAAUAUUUAGCAAAAUUAAAGAGAGAUAUACACGAGGUCAUCAGUGACGUUGUUGGAAUCCAAAGAUUGACGAAUUACUCCUCAAUGCCUUACGAAUUAAAAGUAUUAAUAAGAGCUAUGAAAAACUAUGUUACUAAGGAGAAAAAAGAUAAAAUUAAAAAGAAAAAAAGUUCAUCAAACUCUAUUAAUUUAAGAAAAACAUUUGAUAUGAAUAAUGCUGUGGAAAAAAUGUUUUGUCCUAUCGAUGAGAUAAUUAAAAUAUUUGAAACGUUAGAUGAUAGUAUACUAAUCUCAAAUGCACUAUAUCAAUUGAGUCCAGUGGCCAAAAAAAUAAUAUUGCGACUAGUAAAUAGAUUUUACACAAAUGACUUAAAAUUUACAAUUUCAACUAUUGACCUUACUGAAAAUACAUCCCAUGCUCUGAAUAAAGUAGGCGAAACAUAUGAUAAGAUGACAGCAGAUAUUGCAAAUAGUCCACUACCAGAACGUCUUUAUGUAAUGAAAUUGUUCCAUCUUGUUCUAUCACAGGACAUUAAGAAGCUAACAGAUGUACUAGCAAUGUUUCAAUUUGCACAAAACAGAAGAAUGACAACGAUAGAUGAUGUUGCAGGGGAAAAACUGAUAGGAAGAAUAUCAAGCGAUCUCAGAAGAUCAAGUCACAGAUUAGGUCGUAUUAUACAACUGCAGAUACUAAAAAAAGGCAUUGAUACAUCGACUGAAAGAAGUUUGAAGAAAAAGAAAUCAUUUUUACUAACCAUCAAGACACUAUUAAGAAACUCAAAGAAAGAGAUCAAUAGACUUCUGAGAAGAAAAGUUCCAAAAAACGAGAUAGUUAAACACAUAGCUAAGAAAAAAAUGGAUGAAAUAAGAAAAAACAAAAUCUCUGAAUACGAAGAAACAAUGAGAAAAUGGCAAAAAAAUUUAAAUAUCGCCUCCAGAUAUAAAAGAAAGGCUGGAUGGUUCUAA